CCGGCUAUAAACUCGGGUGGGAGCUCGGCUUGUACUGCGCCGCAAUGUCCGGAGGAUCAGCCAGGAGCCUGGGGAAGGGAAGCGCACCUCCGGGGCCGGUCCCCGAGGGCCUGAUCCGGGUCUAUAGCAUGAGGUUCUGCCCUUUCGCCAAGAGGACUCUCUUCGUUCUGAAGGCCAAGGGGAUUCGGCAUGAAGUCAUCAACAUCAACCUAAAAAAUAAGCCUGAGUGGUUCUUCAAGAAGAAUCCCUUCGGCCUGGUGCCAGUUCUGGAAAACAGUCAGGGUCAAGUGAUCUACGAAUCUGCCAUCACUUGUGAGUACCUGGAUGAAGCAUACCCAGGGAAGAAGCUGUUGCCAGAAGACCCCUAUGAGAAAGCCUGCCAAAAGAUGGUCUUUGAGUUGUUUUCUAAGGUACCAUCUUUGUUAUUAAGCUUUCUUGGAAGGCACAAUCAGGAAGACUACUCUGGCAUAAAAGAAGAAUUGCGUAAAGAAUUCAGCAAGCUAGAGGAGGUUCUGACUAAUAAGAAGACAACCUUCCUUGGUGGCAGUUCUCUUUCUAUGAUUGAUUACCUCAUCUGGUCCUGGUUUGAAUGGCUGGAAGCCCUGGAGUUAAAUGAGUGCGUAGAUCACACUCCUAACCUUAAGUGCUGGAUGGCAGCCAUGAUGAAAGAUCCCACAGUAUCAUCCCUCCUCACUGAUGUGAAGACCCUUCGAGGUUUCUUCAGCCUCUACUCGCAGAACAGCCCCGAGGCCUGUGACUAUGGGCUCUGAUGGGGGCAGGAGUCAGCAAUGAAGAGAUGUCUGAUAUUUUCCUUCACUAAUAUGAAUAAUAACAUG